AUGACAACGAUGCAAAAGAAAUCGGGCUCUACACCUGAAGCCCAAAACAAGUCGUUACAAUUAUCAAAUAUCAAUUAUUCAAAAGGAUUCGAGAACACAAGCAACAAAGAUCUAGGAAAAAGCUCCCAACGUAAUGAUAAAAACACAGAUGAGAUUAUUGCAAACUCUGUUAAGCAAUUGCACAAGGCUGCUCCAACACUUCCUAUACAUUCUCCUCAUUCGCCGGUGCAUCCAUAUUCAUAUCCUAAUGUCCAGCAAAAUAAGCUAUCUGGUCGUUACAUCUAUAACAAAAAAGCGCCACAGAAAUCAACAAACAAAUUACUUAAUACUAAGCAGUUGGCUAUAAAUAUAAAUGAUUUUAGAGAAAAGGAAAGAAUAACACCCAACUACUCGACCAUGACUUGUAGUUGUGUGAAAUCUCCCAACUUUGAUGACACAAUAACUCCAAAAGAGCGAAAUUGUUUUGAUUUUAGUCACAGUUCUACAACAAAUAUUAUGGUCAAGGAGCCCACGCUUAAUGUAUCCAAAUCACAUAAUCGCAACAGUAACUAUAACGAUCAUUUACUGCCUAUACCCCAGAGUUCAUUCGAAAAUAUUUCAACAAGUGAUUUAAAUUUAAAAAAAAUAGCUAAUCAGUCGCGUUAUUCUCAACAAAUUCGAUUUGAUAAAGCUAAUAUGGCUUUUUAUGAUAACCCACAACGACUGAGCCGCUUUGCAGCUCAAGACAAUCAGAAUAAAUGUCAUUAUGCACUUACAAUAAGUAAAUCAGAGCAAACUUCUCCAAAUAAUAUAGAUAUUAAAAAGACAACAUUUACAUAUGAUAACAAUAAAAGAAUCGCAAGUUCUUUGCUCUAUGUGUCAUCCGUGGACCCCUGGACAAAGAAAAGUGAGAUACAAAUGGAUGGAUACAAUGAAAUAGGCGAGAAUUCCGGGGAUCCUUGGAUCAAACGAACCGUUGAAUCCCAUACACCAACAUCGCGUUUUAAGGAAAAGUCUCAAAACGGAAAAUUAAAACCAUUUCUAUCUGCCAGAAGGGACCUUUUCUUAGAAACUAAAAAGUCCAAUUAUUUGCAGCCAGAAGUGCAAAGACAUCAAAGUAUCAGAAAUGGGGAGUGUAUAGCUUCGGCACCACCUUCUCCACACUUUUUGAAAACCACAAAUGAAGCUUGUUCUUUAAAUCGCUUACCCAACGAAGCAAUGCAAACCAAGUCUGCCAGCUUUUCACCAGCUAGAGGUAGAAAUUUACUAAAUCCCUUUGGAGAUAUUGAUAUUUGUGAUGACACUGUCACUCGAAAUUCUUUUCAAGCUAAUUAUGUUGCAGGAUCAGAUCAACCACGACAAACAGAACAUUCAAGUAAUAACUUAGACGUUAACAAUCCAAAAAAAUUACAAAACAGACACAGUUUUUCAACAAUAUCUGAGCAAUCGAAAGAUGAACUUCAGUUGAACAUCCGUCGUCUAUCCGAGCAAAUGAGUCAAAUGUCAUUGAAAAAGAAUAUUAAAUUUUCAUUAAGCGAUUGCAAUGUGAACAAUAAAGGAAGUAACGACCAGGAAACUCUAACUGUCCAAGGAUCGCAUUAUACGGGAAAUACAGAUUGUAAGGAGAUCUCGAAAAGAAAGGAAGGUUUCAGCUCGUUACAGCAGAACCUAAACCCAAACGUUUCCACAGUUCUUGGCAAUACUAAAAUUUAUGCUAGCUGUCAAAAGUCGAAUUCAAUGCAAGAAACCACCUGUUGAAUCUAUUGUUCAAAAUUUAAAUGUUGCAAACGUGGAUAUUCGUGUCUACAUAUUCGAAUCAAAAUAAAUUACAUAAGUAUUCAAAUUAA